AUGUCAUUUGAUGUCAAUGUCGGCACAGCGCCUCUGGGUGCGAAGAGUCCUGAAGAAAAAACUCCAACCACGGGGAACUCAGUACUUUCCCCAACGAAUUCAAGUCUGCCGACUACUGGCUCUCAAUCUUCUCCAAGAGCCUCAACAGACUCCAGAACUACUGUGAUUUCCGAGUCUCUUCAGAAAUUGUCUCUUAAGGAAGAAGAGCAACAAUCCUUGAUUUCAGAGAAUCAUCCUCCAACUACUAAAUCACACCCAAGAUUGGAUUCAACUGCUACAGUAACUCCAAACACCAUCAAACCAACUAGUACUGACCUGUCCCCCAAUAAGAAGUCCAAAUCUGCCAUUUCUUCAUCUCAAUCUAGCACAGCUGCUUCUAAUCAAACACCCGAUGGUUCCGCAACUGAUAAUUGCACUUCAGCAGCCUCUAGAGGAUCACCCGGCCUUUUGACAGUGAAGAUCUACAACUCUAUCAACGUCCAACUUCCAGUCAAGAUUAAUAAUAACAAACAAAUACUUCAUGCGCUUGCUGUCAAUGCUAAUCAUGAGCUGACUGUUCAACAGAUUGUUAAGAAUCUCGAAAUGUUGGAUCUGUUGGAAGAGACUACUUUGAACCCUGAAGUGUCUCUGAAAUAUUUACCUUCCAUAAUAACUAUCCCUAACGGGGAUAAUUUGGUCAAGUCUUUGCUUUAUUUGACGGUAGAAUUUGAAAAUAAUGCUUUGGUUAUUGAACCCCAAAAGGGAACAGUCAACCAGUCUACAUGGAACCAGGUAGUGUCUUUUGAUGUAACAAAGGCUCUUAGCAAUAGCUCGACAACGCUGUCGAACUUUCUUAACUUAAACUUAUUCAUUCGUUUACCCAAUUUGUUGAUUCCUGACCAGGAAAAGCUUGGGAAGAAAAACUUGUUUACCAACAGUCACAGUAUUGGUGGAGCACCAAGUAACUCCGAUGAAACUGGGGGCCUGGGCAAUUCCACAGGGCUAGCAGCAAAUAAUGAUUCUCCGUCUGGUGGUGCAAAUAACCCCCAUGGGCAUUCAAGAAACAUUGGGGACCUUUUGAUUGGGACAAUCAAACUUCCUCUCAAUUUGAGAUAUCAUCAACAACCGAUAAGGUUAAUGAAUCAUCAAUACCUCAAGUUCUCAAAUUAUAAUGAAGUUCUCAAUGGAUCCUCGGGAAAUGAAUCACUUAAUAAGAAUAGUGGGCCUGAUGAUCAGAAGAUGGGUGACAUUAUGCUUACAAUUGACUUUAAACCUAGUUUCAAAGAUCACUUAACUAUCAAUGACUUUGAUUUAUUGAAGGUUAUAGGUAAGGGAUCGUUUGGUAAGGUUAUGCAAGUUGUAAAAAAAGAUACGAAACAAAUAUAUGCGUUAAAGACAUUAAGAAAGCAACAUAUUGUUUCACGUAUGGAAGUUACCCAUACAUUAGCAGAACGUACUGUUCUUGCAAGAAUUAACAAUCCUUUUAUUGUUCCAUUGAAAUUUUCCUUUCAAUCACCAGAGAAAUUAUAUUUAGUGCUUUCAUUCGUUAAUGGUGGAGAGCUUUUUUGGCAUCUUCAAAGAGAAGGUAAGUUUCUGAUGGAUAGAUCUCGUUUCUACACUGCUGAACUUUUAACGGCCUUGGAAUCCCUUCACGAAAUGAAUGUGAUUUAUCGUGAUUUGAAACCUGAGAAUAUUUUACUUGAUUACCAGGGCCACAUUGCACUUUGUGACUUUGGUUUGUGUAAGCUUAACAUGUCAGAUAAGGAUACCACCAAUACCUUUUGUGGUACACCUGAAUAUUUGGCUCCUGAGUUGCUUUUAAACGAAGGUUACACUCGUUCUGUUGACUGGUGGACAUUAGGGACAUUGUUAUAUGAGAUGUUAACUGGUUUACCUCCUUUCUACGACGAUAACGUUAAACUCAUGUACCAAAAGAUUUUACAUAAUCCAUUGGUUUUCCCCAAAUUCCUUAAGGGAACAGAUGCAGAGGAUCUCUUGAUCAAAUUACUUCAGAAAGACCCUAAAAAUCGUCUUAACUCUGCUGGUGAGAUCAAAGCACAUCCCUUCUUCAAAGAUAUCGAUUGGCAAAAGUUAUUGAACAAAACUUAUUUACCUCCUUUCAAACCUAAUGUUGAGAAUCUUUUGGACACUCUGAACUUUGAUAGUGAUUUUACCAAUGAAAAGCCUCAAGAUUCUGUUGUUGAUGAUUUCUUAUCGGAAUCAGUUCAAAAGCAGUUUGGUGGCUGGACUUACAACGGUGAUACUGCUUUUAACUAA